GAGAGAGGACAACAACGUGGAUAUAUACUUGUUUCAUUUCAACAAACAGAGCAAACUAUAACAUCAACAUGGACCUGGACUCCAUGAAAUAUGCAGAGCUACGAAGCCUUGCAAAGGAGCUCGGCCUUAAAGCCAACAUGAAGGGCGAUAAACUCUUGAAGGCAAUCAAGCAGCUUUAUGAACAAAAAAAGAAGGAGGAAGAGCAGGGGAAUGAGAAGGAUGCUGCUGUUGAGCAAAAAGAUGAAAAUGAGGCUCAAGUCAGCACUCAGGAAAAUAAGGAUGCAACCUGCAAGGAAGACGUUUCCAGCACCUCAGUGUUUGUGAACACACGUCGGGGGAAAGGAAAUGGGACCAAGAGAAAGAUCUCUGAAAUUGCAACGGUGACCGAGUGCAAUGAGUUGCCACCCACUGCAGAAGAGGUUGAUGCUGAAGUCACAGCAUCUAGUCCAAGCGGUGGUACCAGAGGUGCUAAAAAGAGACGCGUGUCCUCUGCCAGUGACUCUGAAAAAGUGGACACUGAGCUUCCUGCAGAGCCACCAGCCGCCAACAGUGAGCAGCAGCCUGCUGUCAAAGGAAAUGCAUCAAAAAUCCCCAAAGCUGGUAAGAUCCCUCGUUAUGAAGGGGUCCAGAAGAAGAAGGCUUUGUUGAAGCCAAGCACUCCAAACUUCAAAAAGCUCCAUGAGGCACAUUUUAACAAGAUGGAGUCCAUUGACUCAUACGUCCAUCGGAAGAACAAGCAGAUUGAGAGCUACAAGAAUCCAGUGAAAGAACUGAAGAUGCCUUCAGACAAAGUGAAACAGCAGAAAGUUGAUGUUAAAACUCAAGUGAAGGCAAAUGUGAGUCGUACUUCCAUGUUCAGCCCUGUCACGGUGAAUAAGAGACCAGCUCCCCAAACUAAACCAGCAGAGAAGAAAGAUGCUCUAUUCAGACCAUCUGUCAUUUCCACUCGCAGGAUCAACGUUCGGUUCUCUGAAGCCACUCAAGACAACGAGCAUAAGAGGUCCUUGGUGAAAACGCCAGCACGCAAGUCCCUCUGUGUGACCUCGAGUACCCCACUGAAACAGACCGAAGAUGGAGGAAAGCCCAACACCAUGAAGACUUUAACUUUCUCUGCAUCCAAGACUCCAGGGCCUUUCGUUUUCAUUGGAAACACCAGCACUAACACAACCCCAGGAACACAGAAGAAGACUAACUUUGAUCUGAAGGCCAGUCUGUCUCGUCCCCUCAGCUACAAGCCUCAUACAGGUAAACUGAAGCCGUUUGGAGAGGCCAAAGAAAACGCAGCAGGAAACAAGUCGCUGGUCUCAAACUCACACCAGAAAAAUUACAAACAGCACCAAGUCCAGACAAGAGCGGAGAGAAGAACAAAACACACUGAGGAUCGGAAGCAGAAGAAAGCGAACAUGCUCGGUGCAAGAAGAGGCCUCGUCAUGAUGUAGAAAUGUCCCGCUUGUUUGUAGACGUCUGUACAGCUCGUUGUUCCACUGUAAAUAUUUUACUGUCUGCAGUUUACUCAUUUCUGCAAUCUCUUUUUAGUCUCUUUGGUUAGGAAACCUGUUGCUUCCAUCCAGCCUUCUGUGGGGUUUUUAUUUUUAUAUUUUAUUCGUGCAUUAGUAAAACAUUUUAUAGCUCUGAAUGAUGCAUUUGUGUAUUUUGAUAUGUAGAAAAUCGAUGUCCUGUUUUGCUGCAUUUGGAAACUUGUAAUUUUGUUCUU